AUGUCGAACAACGUCAAGGACAUGCAUAUCUGCAUUGCCGGCUCAGGUAUACACCCUCCUCCAAUUCAUCAACCCCGCCUGCUAACCAAGUCACANGGCAUGGGCGGUCUAGCAUGCGCCCUCUCCCUCGCCCGUCAAGGUUUCACCAAAAUCUCCGUCUACGAAUACGCCUUCAACCUCGGAUUUGUGGGUGCAGGCAUCCAACUAGCUCCCAACAUGGCACGCAUCCUCGACCGCCUGAACGUGUGGGCACCAAUCCAGAAAGAAGCUGUGGAUCUCAAGGAUACCAGUAUUAGACAAGGCUCCAGUGAUGCCGAGUUGGCUAACGUCAAACUGGGGUAUGUGAGAGAGACUUAUGGAUAUCCGCAUAUGGUGGGCCAUCGCUCGAGUCUGGCUGGAGAAAUGUACAAGGGAUGUAAAGAGGAGGCUGCAAACAUAACUUUCAACUUCUCGCAUUCGGUGCAGAAGGUCCAUCAAUGGAGCCCCAAAGUCAAGUUUCAGGUUAAGCCCAGAGACGGCGAGGCCUUUGACGUCGAGUGCGAUGUGCUCCUCGCCGCCGACGGUGUAAAAUCAAACAUCCGCGAUCAAAUGCUGGAUCUCCUCAACAUCGAUGCCAAAGUCGUGGAUUCAGGACAAGCAGCCUACAGAAUCAUGCUCAAGCGCGAAGACAUGGCCCACGACCCAGAACUCCUGGCUCUGAUCGAUGCAGAACGAGCAACAAGAUGGAUAGGAGAAAGACGCCACAUCAUCGCCUACCCAGUCUCCAACAACACAAUCUACAAUCUCAGCACCGCACAACCCGACGUCAAUUUUGCAGCUGCGCCGUCGGCUACUUACACCACCAAAGGCAGUAAAAAGGAAAUGUUGGAUGUGUAUGCGGAUUUCUGCCCUAAGAUCCAGAAGAUGCUGAAUAUGGUUCCUGAAGGCGAGGUUUGCGAGUGGAAGUUGAGGGUACAUGCUCCUCUACCUACUUGGGUGCAUGGAAAUAUGGCACUUGUGGGUGAUGCUUGCCAUCCUACACUCCCUCACUUGGCACAAGGAGCUGCACAAGCCAUAGAAGAUGGAGCUGUGUUGGGCGUGGUGUUGAGCAAGCUACCUGACACGAGUUCAGAGAGCAUCAACAAGGCGCUCAAGGUGUACCAGGAGUUGAGAAAGUCGAGAGCUGAAGGACUUGUAGCGUUGGCAGCGGCGAACGGUAGGGACAUGCAUCUUGGUGAUGGAGCGGCCAAGGAGGCCAGAGAUGCAGCUUUCAAGGCUAUCAGAGAAGGCACUGAGGGAGCCAAGGUACCAGACAAGUGGGCAGAUGCUGAUGUGCANAAAAUGAUUUACGGACACGACUGUUGGAAGGAUGCUGAGGAACAGUUUGAGACUUUGUUUGCUGCUGCCUGA